AUGACACUCAUCUGGGGACGAGAGCACACUUCAGUGGAAGGCAGCGUGGCAGCAGUACCUCCCAGAAUUUCACGAAGAUACACGGGGAUCUACCUCCUGACAGUGUCCUGGAACAUGAGCCUCAUCACCCUUAUCAGGAUGGACUCCCAUCUGCAUACACCUAUGUACUUUUUCCUUAGUAAUCUGUCGUUUCUGGACAUCUGCUAUGUUUCCACUAUAGCUCCCAAGAUGCUCUCAGACUUCUUCAAGAAGCAUAAAUUCAUCUCCUUUAUGGAGUGCAGUAUGCAGUACUUUUUCUUCUCUAGCCUAGGUCUAACUGAGUGCUGUCUUCUUGCAACCAUGGCUUAUGAUCGAUAUGCUGCCAUUUGUGACCCUCUGCUCUACAGGGCCAUCAUGUCGCCCACCCUCUGCAGGCAGAUGGUGGCAGGAUCUUGUAUAACUGGAUUCUUAGGCUCAUUUAUCCAACUCUGUACCUUGCUUCAGCUCCCUUUCUGUGGGCCAAACGUCAUCAACCAUUUCUUCUGUGAUCUGCCCCAGCUGCUGAUUCUAUCCUGUUCUGACACCUUUUUCUUUCAAGUCAUGACCUCUGUUCUCACAGUGAUCUUUGGACUCACGUCAGUUUUAGUUAUCAUGAUAUCUUAUGGUUAUAUCAUUGCCACAAUUCUGAAGAUCACCUCAGCUGAAGGCAGAGCCAAAGCUUUCAACACUUGUGCUUCUCACUUGACAGCAGUGGUCCUUUUCUUUGGCUCAGGUAUCUUUGUUUAUAUAUAUCCUAAUGCUGGUGAUUCCCUGAGCCAAAACAAGUUGGCAUCAGUCUUAUACACAGUUAUAAUCCCCAUGUUAAAUCCAGUGAUCUACAGCCUGAGGAACAAGGAAAUCAAAGAUGCCCUAAACAGAUGGAAGAAGAGAAUCUUCUCCUGGUGUUAUGGAAUGAAAUAA